UGGAUGUGGAAGUAUGUUUAUAAGCACUUGUUUGAGUCAUUCUUUUGCAUGUUCAAACCUAGAUUUCAGUUCUUUCGGAAAAUCAGGUCCAAGUGCAAACCCCAGCUUUUUGUUUGCAUUUACCAAAUAUUUAUUCAAUAUAAGAAACUGCAACUUGCCCAUAUUUAAGAAUAAUAGAACCCAGCUACACUUCACCUAAUCGAAGCAUACAAAUAACCUCUUGUUGCAGAGGAUCGAGAAAAAGCGCUGGAAAUUUACUGCAGGUCCUAAUUAGUAAUCAGCAAUAAACAAUAAACAACAACAGACAAUAACAAUAGCUUAACCUAAAAUGGCAGUGGACAUUGGAGUCAUCAUUUGGUGUGCAGUAAAACCCAUUAUCAAAAUCUAUUUUAUUUUGGCUGUUGGUUUUAUUUUAUCAAAAAGAAACAUUUUAUCAGUAGAGACCACAAGAAAUCUAUCAGAUAUCCUCUUGACUACUUUGAUUCCAUGCAUUCUCAUAAACAAAGUCAUUGCUAAUAUAUCCUACACUGAUAUAAAAUAUAUUGGACUAAUUGCCUUAUCAUCAUUUGUAAUCACUCUGACAGGAGUGGCAUUUGGAUUUUUAGUCAACCUAAUAACUCCAAUUCCCAGAAGAUGGAGAGGUGGUUCAAUAGUAGCCUCUAUGUUCACCAAUAAUGGUGAUUUGCCAAUUGCGUAUAUUCAAACAUUGGCUACAACUUCUAUUUUUUCCGAAAACCAAAUUGAUAAAGGUAUUGCAUUUGCAUUUAUUUUUGUCGCCAUAACGACUCUUUAUUGUUUUAACUUAGGCGGUUAUAGGUUAGUUGAGUAUGAUUUGAAAAAGGAUAAGCUUUUAGAAGCUCAGAAAAAGUUGGAUUUGGAGCAUAAUGAUAAUCAUGCAGAAAGUAAUAACAAUAAUAGCAAUAGCACUGAUAAUACUGACAAUAGCAAUAAAGAAAACAACCUAAAGAAUACCUAUAACAACAAUGAUAAUGAAACAAGAUUAAAUAUUAAUGAAAACUCCAAUACCAAAAAUAGAAUUAAUGAUAUUGGCACUAAAAACGUUACAUACAAUAAAGAUAUAGAUUCUAUAGAUUCAGAUUCAGACUCCAACUCUAUUAACCCUUAUUUCAUUAAUCAAUCUUCUGCUAAUAACCCCAAAUUCCAGAAUAACGAUCUAGCAUUGGCCAAAACAUCCUCAAUAGCAUCCGUAUAUUCUAGCAAAACUAAACUAAGGGCUAUUGAAUUAAGAAAAUUACCGCCUCAAGAACUCGACGAUGUUAUCAACGAAUAUUCUUGCGAAUCAAAUGCAAAUGCCAACUUUUCUAAUGCUACAGACUCAAAACUAGGAAAAUUGACAAAGACAUUUUCGGUUCUAUCAACUGAAAUCGGUUUGCCAACUAACUCUGCAUCUCAAAUUACCAAGGACAAAUACAGCUUAUCUCGUAAAUACUGUAAUAGCUUGAAACCAGUUUUGAAUUCGUCAACAAUAGAAAAAAAAUUGACGACCAAAUAUUCAAAUAAUGAUAUUCACACCAAUAAUAGUGAUGACAAUAUGGAAGAUAAUUCAACAUUAAAUGGCCUCAGCGCAAAUAAUAGCGAUAAACCCCAGAAAAGCAAAAAAAAUGUUCGUCAACUCAUUGUUAAGGGUCUCAAAUUUUUUCUCACAAAUUUUUUAAGACCAAUUGCCUUGUCUUUGAUUGUCUCUAUAACAAUUGCUUUAACACCAUGGCUAAAAGCCUUAUUUGUUGAAACCACAGUUGAUAUGCCAGAUGCUCCAGAUGGACAACCUCCUUUGAAUUUUAUCAUGGAUUUUACCUCUUAUUUAGGUGCUGCUCAGGUCCCAUUUGGUCUAUUGUUAUUGGGAAGUACUUUAGCACGAUUAAAUGUGAAGGAAUUUCCUCCUGGAUUUUGGAAAGCUGCUUCUUUAUUGACUCUAAUAAAAUUGUGCGUAAUGCCUAUCAUUGGUGUUUUAUGGGUCAAUAGAUUGAAAAAAAGUGGAUGGCUAAAUAUUGAAAAAGAUGAUGAUAUUCUUGCAGCUUUUAUCAUCUUAUUAAACUGGGGAUUGCCAACUUUUACAACUCAGGUUUAUUUGACUGCUUUCUUCAGCCCCUUACCAUCAGAAGAUUUUCAUCAUGAUCAUUUGCAAUUAGACUGUCUAGCCAUUUGUCUACUAUUCCAAUAUCCAAUUUUAACCGUAAGUCUUCCAUUUGUUGUAACAUAUGCAUUAAAAGUCAACUUAGGUUUUUAAAAUUUAUCAUCUGAAAUAAAGGUUUUGAUAUGUUAGUUUUUUUAUAUGUCAGUUAUAUAUUUAUUUUUUCCAUGUUCAGUGCUUUUUUUGGGAGGCUCAAGUUUAUUUUAUCUGUUCUUUUGGUUGUACGGGGUUUUUUUGUCUGUGUUUUUUUUUUAUUAUUUCAUUUUACAAUUUUCAUAUAAAAUAUUUCAUAUUCCAGACUUUAUAUAUAAUUAAUUCAUGAAAUU